AUGUAUGGCUUUGGGGAUGAUCCCGAGCCCCUGCCAGAGUCAGUGGAGCUAGUGGAGGAGAUAGUGAUCGAGUACAUCACUGACUUGGUGCAUCGCGCACAGGAGGUGGCGGCCAGGCGCGGCCGCCUCACCACUGAAGACGUGCUCUUCCUCAUCCGCAAGGACCCACGCAAGUUCGCAAGAGCCAGGGAGUUACUGGCUAUGAACGUGGAGCUGAAAGAAGCGAGAAAAGCAUUUCAAGAGGAGCAAUAA